AUGAGUUCUGAUAUAAAUAAUGGUUAUGCAAAGGUACAAUAUAAGUAUGUAUGGAGAGAUGGAAAGGCAAUGUGGGAACCUAUAUAUCAAAAUGCAAAUGUCAAGGUAGAACCUACAAGUGAAGAUGCAAAUGUAGAAGAAUCUACUUAUGCUGAGCUAAGUUUUACCUCAUUACCAACACAAGGUAAGAAUGGUCCUUCAACUAAUGAAAAAAAACAUACCUAUGCUAAGCUAAUAAAUGUUGAGAUGAUGAGAAGGCCUCUUCCACCAGUACCAGUGGAAACUGAUGCAGAAGAACAUACUUAUGCUACUAUAGCGCCAGAAAUUCUACCAUCAGAGAAAAAAGUUCAGAGAAUGAAAAGCAUAUUAGAGAGUAUCAAAGAUUUCUUUGUGAACCUUUUCAAGUCUAAAAAAAUUGCACCAGAUUAUGGGCUGCAAGCUAAUGAGCACUGGAUUGCUGCUGUUGCAUCAGCAGAUUAUGAACUGAGGACCAAUGAGCACUGGUGUGCUGCUAUUGCACAUUCAACUAUGAGUUCUCCAGAUGAGGACGCGGCUAAAAGCCUAAAAAGUAGGCCUAACAGUAAGGUAAAGGAACUUAACGUUGCGCAAGAUACUAUAGUAAUGUCUACCUAUUGUUAA